CGAUCCUCCGGUCCCCCAGGGCACAGUGUGGGAAGUACGAAUUUCCGCUGAGUUUUCCCGGCAAGUUUCGGAGCUCCUCUUUCUCCGGCUCCCCGCUCCACCCGCUCCCUUGCCCCCCCCUCCCCGCUCCGCCUGCCCGCUCCGCCCGCCCCCUCCGCCCCUGGGACAGCCGGCGGAGCAGCGGGCAGCCGCUCCGCUCCGCGGCCCGCCCCCCGCGGCACCACCGGCCCCGCGACCGCCGAACCGCAGCCCGCCACGGGCGGCCUAGCCCGGCCGGCGGCAGCUGCAGUGCUCCCGCCGCUCCGUGACCCCGUCAAGCCCAUGGUGCCGGACACCGCGACUUGCCGCCGCCGCCGCCUCGCCUGCCUGUUCGGCGCGGAGCUCAGCCCGGCGCGGAGCAGAGGAAGGGCCGAUUAGCAGCCGCGGAGGAGACGAGGGGGAUGCCGGAGAGACACAAAGCCGGCGGGGGAAGCAGCCCACGGCUCGUCCCGGGAUGGGGGCGCUGCGCUGGGUCCGCCUGAUGGUGCUGCCGCGGGUGCUCUGGGGCUCCGUCCCCCUCUUCUUCCUGCUGCUGCCCGCGGCCGAGUCCAUCUGCCCUGAGCCAUGCGACUGCCAGCAGCACCAGCACCUCCUCUGCACCAACCGGGGCCUGCGCUCCGUGCCCAAGGCUGCGGAGCCCCAGGAUGUCCUCACCUACAGCCUCGGGGGCAACUUCAUCGCCAAUAUCUCUGCCUUCGACUUCCACCGCCUGGCAGGGCUCCAGCGCCUGGACCUGCAGUACAACCGGAUCCGCUCGCUGCAUCCCAAGGCCUUUGAGCGUCUGGAUCGGCUGGAGGAACUGUACCUGGGCAACAACCUGCUGCCAGCGCUGGCCCCUGGCACCCUCAGCGCCCUGGCCAAGCUGCGCAUCCUCUACGUGAAUGCAAACGAGAUCGUCCGCCUCAGCGCUGCCUCCUUCUCUGGCCUCAGCAGCCUUGUCAAGCUGCGGCUGGAUGGCAAUGAGCUGGGCUCGCUGAGCGACUCCACUUUCUCAGGGCUGCCGAACUUACUCUACCUGCACCUGGAGUCCAACCGCAUCCGCUGGCUGAGCCGCGGUGCCUUCAAUGGCCUGGCUAAGCUGCGUUUCCUUGACCUCUCGGGGAACCAGCAGAGCUCCAUUCGCCACCCGGACAUCUUCGGGCCGCUGCGCUCCCUCCACACCCUGCUGCUGGCCAGCAACAGCCUGCAGCAGCUCACAGGGGGGCUCUUCCAGCACCUGCCUGGCUUGGCGAAGCUCUCGCUCAGUGGCAACCGGCUGGCUCACCUGGCCCCAGAUGCCUUCACCGGGCUGGGCUCGCUGAAGGAGCUGCGCCUGGAGGGAAACCUGCUGAGCCACCUGCCUGCUGCCCUGCUGGAGCCGCUGAGCAGCCUGGAGGCGCUGGAUCUGAGCCGCAAUGCGUUGACCGCCCUGCAUCCUGCCACCUUCGGCCGCCUCGGCCGCCUGCGGGAGCUCAGCCUGCGAGACAACGCGCUGACCACCCUCCCCGGCGAGCUCUUUGCCUCCAGCCCAGCUCUCUACCGCCUGGAGCUGGAGGGGAACGCCUGGAGCUGCGACUGCCGCCUCAGCGGCCUCAAGCACUGGCUGGGGGCCUGGCACUCCCAGGGCCGCCUGCUCACGGUCUUCGUGCAGUGCCGCCUGCCGCCCGCCCUGGCCGGCAAGUACCUCGAUUACCUGCAGGACGCCCAGCUCCUGCCGCCGCAGGACGGCGGUUCCUGCCACCACGGUGCCUCUCCCUCCGCCGCGUCGCCGCCGCCGUCUGUCGAGGGGCUCGACAGCAACAGCAGCGGCGCGGGGCUGCCCCGCGGACCCCCGGGGCCGCCGCCGUCCGCCUCCACCGCCCGCCUGCUGGGGGCGCCCGAGAGCGCGGCGGCGCCGCCGAGGGCCGCGGUGGAGGCCGCCAGCCCCACGCCGCCGCUGCCCGGCCGCCCCGCCGCGUCUGGGCGGGCACCGCCCAGCGCGGCGUGGCCCCGGCGGGCUGGCAAUCCCCGUUCGGCGCCGGCCGCUGGGGUCCCGCCGCUGGUGUCCGACCCGUGCGACUUCAACAAGCUGUUCCUCUGCAACCUGUCGGUGGAGGCGGUGGGCUCCACCUCGGUGACAGUGCGCUGGGCCGUGCGGCCCCACCGCAGCCCCCGCCUGCUGGGGCCGGCGCGGUUCCGCCUCCUCUUUGACCGCUUCGGCGCCGCCGUCAAGUUCCAGCGCUUCGUCUACCUGCCGGAGCGUGGGGAGCCGGCCGCCACCCUGCGGGAGCUCCGCCCGGACACCCCCUACCUCGUCUGCGUCGAGGGCAUCCUCGGCGGCCGCGUGUGCCCGGUGGCGCCGCGGGACCACUGCGCCGGGCUGGUCACCCUGCCCGAGGGCGGCGCGGCGGCGGCGGGCGGGUCCCGCGGCCCCGACCAGCAGCUCCUCACGCUGGUGCUGCUGGCGGUGAACGCGCUGCUGCUCUUCGCGGCGCUGGCCGCCUGGGCCUCCCGCCUGCUGAGGAAGAAGGUGCUGGGGCGGCGGCGGCGGAAGGCGGCCCCCGUCCACGUGCGGCAGCUCUACUCCACCCGCCGGCCCCUCCGCUCCAUGGGCACCGGCGUCUCCAACGACUUCUCGGGCUUCCAGUCGCACCGGCCGCCCCGCGGCGCCGCGUGCGCCCUCAGCGAGGCCGACCUCAUCGAGUUCCCCUGCGAGCGCUUCAUGGACAGCGGCGGCGGUGGUGGAGGCCGCCACGGCGACGACCACCUGCUGCAGCGCUUCGCGGACUGAGCCCGCCCAACUACCGCUCCCGGCGGGCCCCGAGCGGCGGCGGGCGGCCAGGCGCAUCGGGAGCGGGCGAGGCGAGGCGGCCCUCGGUCGGUGAGGGGCUGGCGUCGGCCCCGCGGGGUCGCGGCCUCGGGGUGGAGAGCUAUAGCGCAGUGGGUGCGUUCAGCCGCCCUUACUCCAGGCCGGGGCUGAUCCGGUGGUGAGGAGGGCUUACUCGGUCAUCUCUGCGGGGACGGCACCGUUUUCUCAGAAAUCGUCACUAACCCGAGCAAAAGCCUCGAUUUACAGUAGCCAUUCCUUGCUAUGAGGAGAGCAAAACGGCGGGAGCAACUGCAAACCGCAGAUGAUGCCUCCCUUACGCAGUCUCGGAGCCAUAAAUUUAAGUGUGGUGUUCUACAGGUGGAUUUUCCCAGGUUGCAGUUGCAGCAAGUUGCAGAGAGCAGCCUGGCCUGUGCAAGGGUGCUUUGAACAGACUUUUCAAAGGCACUGGCCCUUCCCCAUCAAAAAUUGGACUGGGGGUCAUCUUUGAAUAUUACUGUUGAACUGUGUGUGAGCAGUGAGUUGUUUGGAGGGCUGGAAAUGUACGAUACGCGCUGGACUGUUUGAAGGCUGUGCUAUUUUAACUCCAGAUGAAUGUGAGGUGAUUUAAUGUGCGCGAGUGUGUUUUCAUACCUUUUUUUAAACAAGAAACAAUAAUGCAGCUGGUUAGUUUUACAGGAAUAUAUUGCUGACACCACUAGGAAAAACUAACAGGUUUAUAAUAUGUUUACAAAUGAGCUAUUUUUUAAUUGGUUUUGAAUAAAUACUACUUGGUACUUGUACACAUUAAUGUGUGCUGUAGUUGUCUGGGUCCAUGAUGGUCAGUAAGUACAUCACUGACUCUCACAUAAUCCAUCUUCAUUUCUAAAUGGGUGGAUGCAGGGUUGAACUGUUGAUGCAUAAAUAAUAUUUUUGCCUUUCUUCAUAAACAAUAAUAGGUGAGAAUAUUUCAGGAAUGUGAAACAAUCUUUAUCCUAACAGGCAAUUCUCUCCUAGCCUUAGCCUACUAAAGUUAGAAGCUUUAUGUACCUCACUGUGAAAUAAAACAUUUUGUAUAUUAAUCUAGGUUCUGUUUUGUGUAGCUGAGUAAGUAACUCUAAAGUUAAACCCUUAUGCAGUAGUAUAUGAUGUUUGAGUUGGAUUUGUUUUUAAUUUGAAUUUUGCUUUUGUUUUUAGAGCAAUGCUAAUCAUUUUAUGAUCAGUUGCUCUCUACUUUCUUGGGACUUUUACUUUCCUAAAUAUUUACUUACAGAAUGUGGUUCUGAUACUAUGAAAUAUGGUGGUUUAGUUUACAUUAAUAAUUCUCUCUGUGUGGUCUAGAAGCGAGCUAAUUAAAGAGGUCCAAACUGAGGCAACACUUUAAAUGCAAAUGUUUUAGAUGGAGUUUGGUAAAUUGUUGAGACCAUUGAUAGUACUUCUGCUCCUUUGAAUUUAAUGUGCAACCUCAGAUGAACUCUUGUGGAACUGAAUGGGUUGAAGGAAGUUAGCGAGUUAUGGAGAUACUUGUCUCAAUAUCAUGCAUUCAUUGCUGACUUGGGGUGUUCGUGACUAUAACUUGUUUAUUACCAUAAUUGCAAGUAAGAAAUUUGGUUGGUUUUGGAGGUUUUUUGUGGGAUUUUUUGGGGUUUUGUUCUUUCUUUAUUCCCUCCCCCCCCACACUUCUCUUCAGAUGAACAAGUGUUUACAAAAGACACCAUAGUAACUGGUACCGUCAAUUGGAGUUUAGUGACUGAACAGAGAGAAAAGACUUAAUGUUUCUGCCAGAGUUUUGUUCAAUCUUUAAAUUCAAAUGGGAGGAAAGAAGAGGGUGUAGAGAUUGUUUGCCUUAAUCUUUUCCUUUUAAAUGGAGGGGAAAAAAAAAAGUCUUGAUUCUUGAGUCAGUAGCAAUAGAGUCCUUUGGGUUUUCAUUUUGACAGGGAGUAGUUUUCACGAAUAUCAGGGGCCAAACUCCAUUGUCAAUGUAUAGAUUAAAAUUCAUAACUCGUGUAGACACAAUGUUGGGUGGAAUUAAAACUGAAUGACUCUAGGAUCAGGUUUUAUUUUUUGUAAGAAUCUUAAAUUUCUGUUCUUCUGGACACAUGGGUGCUUUCUGGCCUUUUAUGACUGACUGUGGAAUACACCACUGUUUGUUGUUAGAAAUGCAGUGGGGUUAUUGAGUAAAGCUGUGUAUCACACUAACAUUAGCUCUAUCACUGGAUAUUCUUCCAAUGGGAGAUGCAUAGAUGCUGUACAUGGUUAUAAUCAAUUAUGUCAAUAAAUCCAUUUGCUGAAAGAAAA